AUGGACGAACUGCUCGACGAGCUCAUCGAACUCGACUCGUGCACAAUGGAUUUGGGCGACGAAAAAGCGGACGAGCUGAAAUUUAUGCAGGAAAAAACGACGUUCGAGUACCUGCCCGAGUGGUGUCAUGGUAAGAGCAUUUUCUGAACAUUUUCUAAAAUCGUGCUUCUUGCUAAACGAAUAGAAGUUUUGGGCGUCGUCCGAGAGAAAGUUAGGCCACGUCCGAGGGAAACUUCCUUGAGAGAUUACUCGAGGCAUUGCAGUGAUAUAUUUUGUUUGCAGUGAUAAUUCCGUCGUUCGAGCACCGCGGCUACCUGCACGCGGCCGCGAAUGAGCUGAAAGCGGAAGAAGAGUCGAAGAAAGAGAAGGAGAAGGAGGAGAAGGAGGGCGGAGUCGUGGAGGAAGAGAAAAAGGCCAAGGACGACGAGACUGUACGUUUCUGCAUUUUUUGUAGUGAGAUUUUUCAACAUGUUACCGAAUUUGCAGGCGCACACGAACCUCUACCUCUAUUCGCCGUUUCGAGAAGAUUCGGUGGAAGAAGAAGCUGAAAAAGCGGCGGAGCCAGGAAAUACAGUAACCCAGGAGACGAAGGACGAACCGAUGGACCAUUGA